AUGAGCGUCACGGUCCAGCCACGCGCGAUUGUAGCCGCCGAGGCCGACGUGAAAGGUGAUGUGACGAUCGGAUCCGGUACUGUUGUGCAUCCGCGCGCACGGAUCCACGCGACAAGCGCACCGAUCGUGCUAGGCAACAAUUGCAUUGUGGAGGAGCUGGCAACGAUUGAGUCUGCGACCGUUGCGAGCAACGUGCAUGUGAGCAACUUUUGCGUAAUUGGCGCUGGGUGUGUGGUCGAAAGUGCCGAUAACACUCUUGUGCACCUCGACGAGCGCUCUGCCAUCUAUGGUGGGUACGGAUCGGCGCAUGCAUGGAGCGGCGAAGGCAUCGGCCAGAAACUUGCGAAGCACGCCAAGCAGCUUGCGUUCCUCAGUGAGACGAUUCCCCAAUCACACAAGUUACGUAUUACUCGACGUUGA